AAAUAGUACGGGUGCGUAAUAUAAUUGACAGCAAAAUGGACCAAUGGCAAUGCGCCAUGCAAAAGCGGGAACCAAUAGGAAAGGCGUUUACUACUUAGCGAGGCGGGUGAAGUUUGACCUACUAUGGCCGCCGUCAGCCGGAGCAGGCACCGGGGAGACUCUAAAACAAUACACAUUUUAUUUUCUCCUCGAAAGAUGACUCCUUUUAAACUCUUUUGGUGUUUGAUUUUAUUUGCGUUUACUGUUAGUCACUGUUUCGCUGACGACGACGACCACGAAAUGGAGGAAUUCCUGAAAAGGGAGUAUUCCCUCACCAAGCCCUACCAAGGUGUGGGGUCUUUAGGCUCCUCCCACUGGGAGCUCAUGGGGGAUGCUAUGAUAACUACUGAACAGGUGCGCCUCACACCUGACAUGCAGAGCCGGCAGGGGGCAGUGUGGAGCCGACUUCCGUGCCAUUUGAACGACUGGGAGAUGCAGGUGCAUUUUAAGAUUCACGGAAAAGGAAAGAAGAACCUUAAUGGAGACGGGCUGGCCAUUUGGUACACAAAGGAGCGCAUGCAGAAAGGUCCUGUGUUUGGAAAUAAGGACAACUUUACAGGAUUGGGUGUUUUUGUGGACACGUAUCCCAAUGAGGAGAAACAGCUAGAGGCACAAAAGAAGAGAUACACUCCUCGCACACAGAGGAUCUUUCCUUUUGUUCUGGCCAUGGUGGGCAACGGCACCAUCAGCUAUGACCACGAGCGAGACGGCCGGCCCACAGAGCUGGGGGGCUGCAACGCCAUGGUGCGCAACCUGAAGCAUGACUCCUUCCUAUUCAUCCGCUAUGUCCGCCGCAGACUGACUGUGAUGAUUGACGUAGAUGGACAACACGAGUGGAGGGACUGCUUGGACAUACCUGGCGUGCGGCUACCAAAAGGCUUUUAUUUUGGCGUUUCCGCUAUCACAGGAGACCUCUCAGACAACCAUGACAUCGUCUCGCUGAAACUCUACCAACUGACGGUGUUGCGAAGUAAACAGGAAGAGGAAGAGACUAAAGAGGAGAUAACCAUACCAAGCGUGGAUAACAUGGAUCUCCUCAGAUUGGGUCAGACUGAAGAAGGUAUGAGCGGAUUGGCCAUUUUCUUCACCGUCCUCUUCUCCAUGCUGGGUUGCAUCUUCCUCGUCGUCAUCGGCAUCUUAGUCUACAGUCACUGGAACGAGAGCCGGCGCAAACGAUUCUACUGAGGAGGCGAGUGGGUAAAGGAAAAUAUGCGCAGGUUGGGAAUGCUGUUGUCUAUAGACCUUCGCUGCACUGAGACCAAUCGAAUAAUGUCUGACAUGGGUGACCUUCACCUUGCCCUGGUUGGACACAGACCAUGACUUCUGAGCAGCUACAAUCCUAAAUAUGAUUUUUGACUCUUUGUUUCCUGUUUUGUCAGAAUCUGCUGUAUUAGGUAGAGUAUUUACUAUAGCAUUUCAAAACAGCCACAACAUUAGGUCCACCUGCAAAAUCUGUCGUUGUAAAAAUACAGAAGAGGCUUUGAGAGGCAACCUGAAAAAAGUUCUUAUACCGUGUUAAAAAUACCAAGGUUACUAGUGCCUUUAUUGUUUUCCAGUAACGGGUAAUUUAAUUACCUUUUCAUCAGUGCAAUUUAGCACGUUAUUAGUGACACAGGCUAAAGUUCUUUUCUACCGUCAUUCUGACUUUACCAGGGCAACAGAGUUGCAACACCCUAUACAAUCGUCCCUCGUUUACAGCAGUUAAUUGGUACCAGAAUUAAGACAUUUUUGCAAAGUAGGAUUAUUAUUAUGGAUCGAAUAUUUUCAGAGAGAAUGGAAAAAAAACUGUGUAAAACCUUUUUAAAUAUGUUUUUUUACAUUGUUAGAACCCUCUAAACAUGAAAUACCAUCCACACAGUGACCUUUACACUCGUUUCACCCAAUAUGGUAGCCUUGAGUGUGUUCUACUGUUGAUUACAAUACUCACCGGUAGCACGCAGGACCCUCUAAAUGUCAUUGCUUUUGUCCGGCCACAACAUGGAAAUACUUUGUCACAUCCUGGGUAAUUCCUGUAAGUUAGAACUGGGCUUCCAUGUGCUAAACAAUUUCCCUUGUGGAUCAAUAAAGUUUGUCCUAGUCUAAAACCAUGGGCAUAAGUUGUUUUGCAAUAACUUGGUCAACAGUCACAGCUAUACUUUGUUGUUACUUGUUAGUAGGGAUGUAAUGGUUUGAAAUAUAUCGGUACGAUAUUAUCACAGUAAUAAGGCCACGGUACGAUAUUAUUGCGGUAUAUGGCCCCAAAAAAAAUGUUUAUAGUGUGUAAAAUAAAGUGGCAGGAAUGUUUCAGAUGAACACACUUACUGUAAUUGAAGACAAACAUAAUGCUAAAUUGUUCAAAACAUGUUUUUUUUUACUACAAACAAGUAUUUUCUAAGUGCAAAUAAUUGUGCAGGAAUAUUAAAUAUUAAAAAGAAUAACUUAUAGUUGAUUUUAAAGUAAUAAAGUCAACAUCCAGUGUAAAACAAUAAAUUUCAGUUUAGUGCCUUUCAACUUUUACAUUACGGGAAGCAACGUCCUCUACAUUGGUAAUUUUUUAUAUCAGUAUGGUAAAUGAUGUUUCUCAGAAAAGUAAACUAACAAUAUAAAAACUUUUGGUAAUGUAAAUACUUUACAAACUGUUUGGCUUCGCUGGCUUCAAAUAUAUUUUCAAGGUGACAGUUUGAGGUGGCGACUUGUCCAGGCAACUAGGCUCCAGCCCCCCGUGGCAUCCACAGACCAGAAGUUGAAAAAAAUUGAUUGAUUGUGGAUGAAUUAAGUAGCUUUCUAGUUUACUCUUAUUUCCCUCGGGGAACGUUUUUUUGUUUUUUGUGAUUUAAAGCCAGUGCCACGACCAGCUGGCUCUGUGUUGCCUUGGAAACGCUUGAAACGCAGACUAUCUUACCUGCGCCAAAGAGGUUAUGUUUUGGCCUGGACUUGUUUGUCUGUUAUAGACCGCUUUUAAUGUCCAAAAAAACAUUCGUUUUAUCGACGACGAGUUCGAGCACACUUCCCUUCCUGCUUAGAUGCAGUUUAUUCACAGACCAAGCCAACGCAAAAACACCAGAAGAAAACUACACUCACCAAGUUUUCAACUGAUACCGUCACGCAUCAUCCUAUUAUCGGAGCGAUAUAGCUCAGUUGGUAGAGUGGCCUUGCCAGCAACUUGAGGGUUCCAGGUUCGAUCCCCGUCUGUGCCAACCUAGUCACUGCCGUUGUGUCCUUGGGCAAGACGCUUUACCCACCUGCUCCCAGUGCCACCCACAGUCGUUUAAAAAUGUAACUUAGAUAUUGACUUCACAAUAUAAAGCGCUUUGAGUCACUGGAGAAAAGCGCUAUAUAAUUAUAAUUCACUUCACUUAUUGAGAAGACUUUGACACCAAAUACUGUGGUAUUUAUAAAACCAUUACAUCCCUACUUGUUAGCAUUCUGUCUUGUUAGCAAUGCGUGUCCUGCCUUGUCAUCCCACAGCUUUGUUAUUGAUGUUGAAGAUGAAGUGCAUGUUGAAUCAAGAGUUGAUUACAACUUUGCCCGGACAGUUGUUGAUAGCUGAUGGUGACACUUUGACAAGACCGCUAAUGUGGAAAUGUGUUAUUGGUGAGACAUGCGUUAAAGAUGGAGUGCAUCAAAACGUUGUUCUGCCAGAAGUUGGUCAAUUUGAGAUUGCAGUAAAAAUAGCACCAAGGUUAGCCACCCUUUGUUCGCAUGGUUCACCUUUAACACAGAAACCAAAGUCCAGCUGGGUGAAUAUAACAGUGGCCACAAUAUAAUACAAAUACUGCAUUGUAAUACAAAUAUAAAACAUAAUUUAACACUCGAUAAGGCCAAAAACAUGUAGAAUAUGCUUUGAAAGAGUUGUUUUUCUUAAAAAUUCAGUGAUUUAAUGAUGCUGCGAUAUUUAAAGUGCGAUGAUGCGAGGGCCAACUGUGUCUCCAGCCUGUAUACCGUCUAUCGGUCCUCCACAUACUUCCUCAUUCUCUACCAAUCACACUCAUGCGAGGGCAAAGCUAAAGCUAAGUUUGGAGCUCCAAACAUCAACACAAAUCUGGCGUUUUCAGGAAGGAAGUACAGUUGCGAUACAAGUGAAGCGUACUCUGUGUGCAAGAGCAACACGUUUGUCCGCAUACAACCUCAUUAAACACUUUGUCACUCAUAUUUAAUUACAUGUACAGAGGCGUAAUUACUUUUUUGUUGUAGUAAAUGUGUGGUAAAAUAUAAUUGUUUCUCUACAAGUAAAUUUCCCAACACUGCUAAUCCAACCUACACCUUAAAGCACACGUAUCAAACUCAAGACCCGCCACAUCAUUUUAUGUGGCCCGCGAAAUCUUGGAAUUGAUAUGCGUAUUUUCCCACCGAAUGUAUUUAACUUUCCAUUUUAACAGCAAACAUACCGUAUUUUUCAAAGUAUAAGUCGCACCUGCCGAAAAUAGAUAAUAAAGAAGGAAAAAAACAUAUAUAAGUCGCAUUUUAUGGGGAAAUUUAUUUGAUAAAACCCAACACCAAGAAUAGACAUCCAUCCAUCCAUUUCCUUCCGCUUAUUCCCUUUUGGGGUUACGGGGGGCGUUGGCGCCUAUCUCAGCUACAAUCAGGCGUAAGGCGGGGUACACCCUGGACAAGUCGCCACCUCAUCACAGCAAGAAUAGACAUUUGAAAGGCAAUUUAAAAUAAAUAAAGAAAAGUGAACCAAAGGCUGAAUAAGUGUACGUUAUAUAACGCAUAAAUAACCAACUGAGAAGGUGCCUGGUGUGUUAACGUAACAUAUUAUGGUAAGAGUCAUUCAAAUAACUAUAACAUAUAGAACAUGCUAUACGUUUACCAAACGAUCUGUCAUUCCUAAUUGCUAAAUCGGAUGAAAUCUAAUAUGUCUAGUCUCUUACGUGAAUGAGCUAAAUAAUAUUAUUUGAUAUUUUACGGUAAUGUGUUAAUAAUUUCACACAUAAGUCGCUCCUGAGUAUAAGUCGCGCCCCCGGCCAAACUAUGAAAAAAACUGUGACUUAUCGUCCGAAAAAUACGGUACAUGUACUGCAUGCAGUUUUUAUAUCUUUUAAACUACAAACCUAAUAUUGCAACAAAUAUAUUAUCGUACAUCCCUAACAUUUUUUCUGUUAAAAUAAAAGUACUUAUAUAUUGGUUUCACUCAUAAUUUGAAAGCAAUUGAUACAUUGAAUUAUACACUUUAAAAAUUAUUUUAUAGUAAAAAAAAUGGUUCAGUUGCCAGAAUUUUACCGUAAAAAAACAAAAAAAACGGUGAUAUUGUUUUUUCAUUUUACAGCAAUACCUAGUUAAAGACCUGUAUAUUUUACAGUUAAAACAGAGGUACUGUUUUUCCAUUUACAGCAUAUAUUUUAAAAACAUAAAUUUUACUGUAAAAUUUUGGCAAUUGUCAGUUUUUGACAGUUUUUUUUACAGUAUAUGUAAAAAAAACAUAUUAUAAUGAAUAAUUGUGUAAUGAGGCAAUUUAUAUUUAUAUAGUAUUCACCGUUACAAGUGGCCCUCUAAGGGCAGCUAUAACUGCGAUGUGGCCCUCAAUGAAAACGGGUUUGACACCCUUGCCUUAAAGGUUUUUUUUACAACUUCCUCACAGUAACGUUUUCUCAAAACAAAAAAUAUAUCAAGAACACCAUUACAUGUUACCAUUAGUCUCCUGUCCAAAGGCAAAACCUAGUAACUCACUUCUAGCUGAUUUUGAUAAAACAAAGGAAAACCAAUCUAUCUUGAUGCUGUCUUACAAAGAUCUACAAAGUCAUCAAACGUAUAGAUGUUUUUUUGAGCUUUCAUUUUCUUGCCGAUUGAGCCAUGGAUUGAAUCUGCUCUCAUGAACAUGUGCCCUUUCUCCAGAUAUUUUAUCACAAUCUCGGGUGGGCCCCAUUCUGUGUUUGCACAUUGGGCAAGAGCCGUGUACCGCGUCCAGUUUUUAUUUUGACCUCCAAAGUUAUCUGCCCAAAAGAGUAUGCAAGGGGAAGAAUCAAGAACAAUACAUUUAAUGAAGGUGCUUGUAACGUCCUGGGCCAAUCUUCCAAAUAUCCCCUCGUGCCAUAAUAUCACAAAAUCAGGUUGACCGUCGGCCCCCAUUCGUGCAAAUGUCUCAUUAGAAACAAUAAGGCCACUGACAAAGAAGCUCCGAUUGGUCCCUUGAGAUACUAGGUUUUUCUGUUGUAUCUACGCGGUUAUGUGGUAGUUGCUAGGUCCUGCCAUGCGCGUAACAGCUUACUUACGGAACAAAUUACAAUAUCGCAUACACUAAUGUAAAGCAUAUCACCUAGGAACUCCAAAAUUAUUAUUAGCUCAGUUUUGACCAAAAUUGAGUUACUGGGUUUUGCCUUUGGACGGUAGUAGUGGUUUAACAUGUGUUUGACUAGUGUUUAUAUUUUUCAAAUGACAAAGUUUAUGUAAUAAAUCAUUUUACCGCCCGAAGAAAAUGAUUGCUGUUUACGGCGGUCAAUCACCAGGUCUCUUCUACACAUUUGCACAGAAACCCUGCACUCAUACAAUUGCAGUCCAAGUCAUGUUGUUAUUAUAAUAGAAUACGCAUUAAAUAGCAGCUUUAAAUUGCUUUAUUAGUUAACAACCCCUAACGCUAAUGCACGUGCAUGGUUACGUGGGAGUAGGAGAAGCCAUGAGAGAGCAAGAUAUACUGUGUUGAAUAUAUUGUCAAGUUGCUGCCCUCCAGGCAUCUGUGUAAAUGUAAACAGCUCAUAUAAAGGUUUUACAUGCAGUAUCACUAGAGGGCAGUAAAGGGCCGUAUAUUUACAUAAAGGCAACAUUUUAUUUGGAUUUGCACCAAAACGUUUUAGAUUGCUGCAGUUUGCAGUGGUGUACUUUGUCACACUGAGAGGUGUUUCUCCUCAUUUGUUUACCUUGCUGAGCUGCAUUUAUGGGGAGGAACUACAGGAAACACUCAGUUACAGUUGAAUAUAAAGUGGGGCAAAAAAGUAUUUAGUCAGCCACCGAUUGUGCAAGUUCUCCCACUUAAAAUGAUGACAGAGGUCUGUAAUUUUCAUCAUAGGUACACUUCAACUGUGAGAGACAGAAUGUGAAAAAAAAAAUCCAGGAAUUCACAUUGUAGGAAGUUUAAAGAAUUUAUUUGUAAAUUAUGGUGAAAAAUAAGUAUUUGGUCAACCAUUCAAAGCUCUCACUGAUGGAAGGAGGUUUUGGCUCAAAUUCUCACGAUACAUGGCCCCAUUCAUUCUUUCCUUAACACGGAUCCAUUGUCCUGUCCCCUCAGUAGAAAAACAGCCCCAAAGCAUGAUGUUUUCACCCCCAUGCUUCACAGUAGUUAUGGUGUUCUUGGGAUGCAACUCAGUAUUCUUCUUCCUCCAAACACGACGAGUUGAGUUUAUACCAAAAUGUUCUAUUUUGAUUUCAUCUGACCACAUGACAUUCUCCCAUAUGCUCUCUGGCAAACUUCAGACGGGCCUGGACAUGCACUGGCUUAAGCAGGGGGACACGUCUGGCACUCCAGGAUUUGAUUCCCCGUCGGCGUAGUGUUACUGAUGAUAACCUUUGUUACUUUGGUCCCAGCUCUCUGCAGGUCAUCUACCAGGUCCCCCCUUGGUGUUCUGGGAUUUUUGCUCACUGUUCUCAUAAUCAUUUUCACCCCACGGGAUGAGAUCUUGCGUGGAGCCCCAGAUCGAGGGAGAUUAUCAGUGGUCUUGUAUGUCUUCCAUUUUCUGAUAAUUGCUCCCACAGUAGAUUUUUUCACACCAAGCUUCUUGCCUAUUGUAGAUUCACUCUUCCCAGUCUGGUGCAGGUCUACAAUUAUUUUCCUGGUGUCAUUCGACAGCUCUUUGGUCUUGGCCAUAGUGGAGUUUGGAGUCUGACUGUUUGAGGCUGUGGACAGGUGUCUUUUAUACAGAUAACGAGUUCAAACAGGUUCCAUUAAUACAGGUAACGAGUGGAGGACAGAAGAACUUCUCAAAGAAGUUGUUACAGGUCUGUGAGAGCCACAGAUCUUCCUUGUUUGAAGUGACCAAAUACUCAUUUUCCACCGUAAUUUACAAAUUCUUUAAAAUUCCUACAAUGUGAAUUCCUGGAUUUUUUCUUUGUUCACAUUCUCUCUCACAGUUGAAGUGUACCUAUGAUAAAAAAUUACAGACCUGUCAUCAUUUUAAGUGGGAGAACUUGCACAAUCGGAAGCUGACUAAAUACUUUUUUGCCCCACUGUAUGCUGUCCUUUUCACAAAUAAUGCCCACUGAAUAUCCCAAAUGUGAUCCAUUUCAAUGCACUGAAGAAAAAUUUAGUUUUUUUCCCCCUGUACUUUAUGUUUGAAAAUAUAUCGAAUGCUGCUCCACUUUUGCAGUACACUCUGCAAGCUCGCUGUUUGUGGCUUCAGAUGCCCUUGUUUUUGGGUAAAACUGUUGCCACACAGACAACCUUCUUUUUUGUUUUUGUGAAUGACUGCUUUGUGAUAACCACUACCUUGCCAGAAUUGUUUAUCUUUGUAUCCUUCAAUUAUUACUCUUUUUCCCCUUACCAUGUGCCUCAUGUAUCCAUCCAGUGGCUCAAUUUUCAUAUUCUAUUUAAUAAAACUUGAAUAAUUUGUA